AUGACAAGCGUGGCAGCUGCCUGCGCUAAACUGGGUGAACACGGCAAGGUUGCCAUGGAUUGCAUUGGAGCUGCUGCAGUCCAGCAUGGCCUUCGUGUUGCGAGAAUAACGCAAGAAAGGCAUCGGAAUCUGUUGGCACCCUUGAAAGCUUCCCUAGCCUUUUGUCCAGAACUUCUACGGCUGGACAGUGACAGGAAGAACCCUGUACACAUCACUCGGCUCCACAUGCGUCCCAUUGACAUCUCGAGCAAAACCACGGAGAUGGAGGAGAUGUUCGCCCCUGCCGACAAUUCGCGAAUCUCCUUACUGGCUACAGCCGUGAAAGCAAAAUUGGAGACAGCUGGUGCAACACGCGUGGUGGGCACUGGUACAUCUUCCAGUUUGCGCAUGGUUAAAGCACAGCUCAGGGCAAAUGAUUUCCUACGGGAGGAAGAGGAAACUUCCCUCUUGUGGGGCCUUUGUAGCAUCUGUGAAGUUGAAGGAAAGAAUCUGACGUCCUUAGCCAUCGACUUUCUGAAGGGUCCAAUGAUUUAA